GUCUUAUCGCCGGCGCAUCUAAGCCUGCAGGUGAGGGUAGAGCCAUUUAUGCACCGUAGCCGGCAACCGAAGUGACCCCCGCCUGCUCUGUCGCGAUAUGGAUCUCUUUCUUCACGCCCAAGACAACUCUUGGUUGCAAUUGGGACAGCACACAGCGGGGCCAGCACCCCAGAGGCAGCCCAUUCACUGUCUUUUCACGAACGGCUCCUACCACGGCCAUACCCUCUAUUCUACCAAGCGCAAACUUGCGGCAGCUGUCUCGCUGAGCCCGGAUGCAGAAUUCUCGCAGCGGGGCCCAUCUGGUCCAUUCAACCAGCGCAAACACCUUCUCAUCUCGUGUCCUCCGCAGAAUAGAAAUGAUACUCUCCGGCUUCGGAUGAAGGACUCCCGCCCGAUCGUGGCUGAGGGGCCUGAGAAUAACCACGACGGAUCGGAGGGUUUACGACGCCCACCCUCACUCAGCCUCUCUCGCGUACUAAGCGUGCGGUUGGCUGGCUGGCUGGCUGCGGGCCGCUGCGGAAACCCCGAUUCUGCUCGGCCAACCUCGCGAGGUAGACAAGCUAACCAGGGUCGUUUUCACUCUGUAAAGACGGGAGGUGCUUCUCCCAAAGGGGAUGAUCGAGGUGGUCCAGCUACCGAAAUACACACGGGUCCCACGGUUCUACUGCGGCCCGGAGUCCAGAGGUUGCGUACUUUUAGGUAUUGAUGUAAUAUUCUUAGCUUUGACCCAGCUGAAUAGGACAUUUAUCUUCCUCGCA